AUGCUUUUGUCAAGUAUGGAUCCCGGAACCGAAACCUGCGAUCCAGCACCCACUUGCACUGAGCCCAUGGCUAUGCCUUCUCUUCGGUGUCAGAUAUGCAACGACAUCAUCAGCUUCAUUCAAAAUCCGGAAAGUGGUAGCUUAGAUCUCGGAAAGUUGCUCGACGAUUCCAACAUCAAUUGCAAGCAACACAGCGCCCUGAUACGGAGCCUCCGACCACAAGCAUGGGCUGGUCAAGACAAACAGGUUGAGGUCAAACUGAGCAGAGGAAAAGGCUUACAAUCUGAGGUCACUUUGCAAUACUCCACAGCAACCACCAGGGCGGUUUGGAGGUUCACAUCCGGCCCGCUUCUCGUCACACCUUCAAACGAAACCUGCCUGCCCCAAAUGAAUGCUAGAAACCUGGGCCGAGGCUACGACGCAGCUUGGAUUGACCCAGCGCUACUUCGCUCGUGGAAAGAGACCUGCGAUAUUCGACACGGUCACAGGUGCACAACGGGCAUAUCGAGCAAACUGACGGCACUCAAGACUUCAAGGCCUAUACUGCUCUUGGAUGUCCACCGAAACAGCCUUGUCGAUGCGGAUUCGGAUGCCUCGUACGUCGCCCUGAGCUAUGUUUGGGGCGGCACCAGCAUGUUCCGGUGUCUCCUUUCCAACGUGAAUGAGCUGAAGCAAGAUGGGGCUCUGGAUCCCAGCGGAGAGCAUGUGCAAGUGCCACAAACCAUUCGAGCCGCUAUGCGGAUUGUGAAAGCCUUGGGCGAGCGAUUCUUGUGGGUUGAUGCUCUGUGUAUCAUCCAGGAUGACGAUGUAACAAAGGGGCAGCAAAUUAACAACAUGGCCGGCAUAUAUCUCAAUGCUCGCCUCACUAUCAUUGCGGCAGAUGGGGAUGAUGCUGAUAGCGGGCUGAAAGGGGUUCCCGGCCUUGAGCUCCCAAGAAAUUUUCAACCUCCGACCUGGGACGUGGGGAGCUGCAAGGUCAGCGAAGCAGCGCCAGCUGAUGCACGCAGCUCACGCUGGGCUCAGAGAGGAUGGACAUGGCAAGAGAGUAUGUUCUCCCUCCGCACUCUGACCUUCACCGGUACCACUGUCUACUGGGAGUGUAGCCAGGCCUUGUGGAGAGAAGAUUCUCUUGAUAUGCUGGAUAAUAAGGAGGGAGACCACGGAGUAGCACGCAUGGCCCAUACUGUGCCCGACCUGGCCGAAACGAGGCUCAACGGGUACAAUGAGCGAGCUUUGACCUUCCCCGAGGACAUCAUCGACGCGUAUGCAGGGAAAGCCAAGGCGAUGUCUCAAUCCCUUCCGACGGGCUUCAUCUCCGGCCUGCCGACGUUCUUUUUCCAUAUCUGUUUGCUUUGGCGUCCCGAGAAUAGUAUGACUCGCCGGAACGCCGUUGGCCAGGGGAAGAGCUGUCUUCCCAGCUGGAGCUGGGUUGGGUGGAACGGCAAGUGGGAUUUGAGGUGGGAGAUCGGAACUCAAGAUCACAUCCUUAUCGAUGAGCACGGGAAAACGCCGUGGCACAAUGUGAAUGUGGUUCCUUUGGUAGAGUGGCAUGAGGUCCAGGAGACAGGUGCUGAGCGAAUGCGGAUAGCCGGCACGGCUGUGGACUGGAUGCAUCUGCGGGACAAUGUCGAUGCUGCGGGUCCUCCCGGCUGGAAGAGAUUUGACAACCCGGAAGCUGGAAAAGCCAUCCGGCCUGGUUCGCCACUGGCGAACAUCAACCCUCAACCAAGAUGCUACUGGCAGCAUCAAGCUUUUGGAGACGCGAAAUUUUGCUAUCCCGUGCCUAUCUUCAACCCUGAUGGGAGCAACGAGUCACCAAUGAAGAAGAUCUCCCUAAUCUCUGGGCGCACGAGAGCAGCUUUCGCCACGGCAGGAAACAAAAUGAACGGAGAUCUGGUCAUACACGUGCGUAAUGACAACAAGGAGUGGCUCGGUGUGCUCGAGUUGCACGAGGCGCCCACAAAGGAGAACGGCAGUGCUUGGGGGUGUCGCCUCGAGUUGAUUGAGAUGAGUCAGGGCGAGACUUUCCGUGCAAUGAGUCCACUUUUCCCGGAGCAACUCUACGAGGAACGCCCAAAACCUCUCGAUUGUGAGAAAUAUGAGUUUUAUUUCGUAAUGUGGGUUGUUCGGGGCCCAGACGAUAUAGCCUACAGGAGAGGAAUAGGACGAGUAGUGCGGCAAAGGUGGGACGCUCUUAAACCACAGCCGGUUGAUAUAAUCCUUGGAUGA